AUGUCAUCUCGUACAUUCUCGCGCCUUGUCCGAUUCGUGGCUGGCGACGGAAAGACUUACUACGGAGACGCCAUUCUCCCCCACGGAGUUACUGAUGUGUCCAAGGCGCUCAAGGCCAAGCUUAUUGAAGGAGAUAUAUUUAAUGCCAACCACAAUGUUACUGAGAAGAUUAUGGAUAUCAGGAAACUUCUGUCUCCGCUUGCAUUGGAAGAUAUUAAGACUGUAAGAUGCUUAGGUCUCAAUUAUGCGCAGCAUGCAAAAGAGUCAAACAUGCCAAUUCCAAAGUUUCCUGUAGUUUUCUACAAACCUGUUACUUCAAUUGCGGGACCUUCAGAUCCAAUUCCCGUUCACACUAUUGUCCAAUCUGACCCGGGUCUCGACUACGAAUGCGAACUUGUCGCUAUUAUUGGCAAAGAGGCAAAGGAUGUUUCGGAGGAUAAGGCUUUGGAGUAUGUUCUAGGCUACACGGUAGGAAAUGAUGUGAGCCACAGAGAAUGGCAAUUGAAGAAAGGAGGCGGUCAAUGGUCAUUGGGUAAAGGAUUCGAUGGGUGGGCACCUAUGGGGCCAGCUAUCAUUAGCCCUAAACUUAUCCAGGACCCUCAAAGCCUUCGAAUCUCAACAAAGGUCAAUGGAAAGACUAUGCAGGACUCAUCAACCGCAGAUAUGAUAUUCUCAGUAGCCAAAACAAUCGCCUUCUUGUCCCAAGGAACCACAUUAGUGCCUGGCGACAUUCUUUUUACCGGAACACCACAAGGUGUGGGGAUGGGUAAAACACCUCAACAGUGGCUUAAUGACGGAGAUGUUGUAGAGAUUGGCCUUGAGGGUGUUGGUAGCAUUAAGAACAAAGUGGCAUUUUCUCAGACCAAGGCAAAGUUGUAA